AUGUCACAAAGUGAAUGGCAGCAAGUGCGCACUUAUGCUGACCAUCUGGGUCACCACGUGGUGCUCGAGCAGUACGUCACGCCAGACUACGAGCCAGACCCCGACCAUAUAAUUCCCAUCCAGGUCUACAGCCUUUUUCUGGAUGAUGAGGUCAAGCCUUUGUUCGAGAUUUAUUUAUACUGCCCGCCCGACGACUUUGCCUAUAUUGAGCAUAACUGCAUUGAAAUCGCCCGUCGCAAGCAGCAACACCAGUUAGGGGUCGAGAAUCCACUCCCGCUGAUUCCGCGAUUCAUUCGUCCUAACGACUACUCAACCGUUGGGUUUUGUGUGCUGCUACGAUCGUAUAGCUAUCGACUGGGCUAUGUCGAGGACUCGGAUAAGCUUGCUAAGCUGGGCGAAGGCCCGGACUUACUCUACUUCAACCGCUCGUUUUCUAGCACCCGUAGUUAUAUUUACAUCGGCCAGAUUCUUAUGAUCGAUAUCUUCAACGGCGUCGGUCCCCCUCCGGAGCGAUACGCGUUAGAUUUAGACGAGGGUAAGACACCCAGCUCGGAUCUGCCGUUAGAAGAGCAGAUUCGCGACCAGCUUGGCCUAGAAACUUUAGUUCUCGAAAUUCUAUCCCGGCAAACUCAAGAAGAGGACCGAGAGAAUUCAUUCCCUAUCGGCGCCCUACACAACAUCCCCGCAGGCGACGAUCAACCCCUAACAGCAAAACGCAUUACUCCUCAAGAACCCGAAAAAUAUAUCAUAACAGCACAAGGGAGGUCCUGCGAGCUCUUUCGCUUGUUCACAGUUGUGCUCGAUCGCGCCAAGUUUGUCUCCGAGGCCGGAGUUUACUUCUACAUGGCGGACCCUUACUUGGAGGACGCUCCCGAUGAUACGCAGGUUUUGCGGGGCGUGGACAUGAGUACGAUUGCCGGACGGUUGGGGAUGGUUGUUCUUGACGGGUAA